UUAUCUAUUAUUCUUCAAGGUCAACCGUGUUUUGAGUAUAUUUAUCAAUUUUAUCAUGAUUUGUGGAUUUUGUUGAUUUUAUUGAACAUUUUUUAACACUUGAACAGGAAAUGAUCAAUUACAGUGAUAUUCAAAAAACAUUCAAACCAAAACUAUAUUAUCUGUAAUGGCACAUGCGCAUUACAGAUAGAGAAAGUAUCAGCCGUCAGAAGUGCAGAAGCUGCUGUCACCUGACAUGCUGUCAAUAUUUUUGUAAUAAAUAAUACUGAUGAACAUUAUUGCGAUAAAAAACUGUGUUGAUUUAAUCAAUGUUUUUUUUAAUUGAAUCAAUUAAUAUAUUUUUUACUGUGUUUCAUACUAUUUGCAGAAUUUAUUGUGUUCCACUUAGUUUAUGCAAUGGAGAAUUCCAACAGAGUUGCAUAUGAUCCGGGAUGGAAUGAUCCACCACUAUUCUCUUACGACAGCCAGACUACUCAGGUGAAACAAGAGAAACGAGGAACUUUGCUAAAUAAGAGAGUGGCCUUUCCUCUACAAAAUGAUGGCUCUAAAAAUAAUGGUCCAUCAAAUCAUCCUCCCCUAUCUGCACCACCUAUUCCUGGUGCUAUGCUCUCGCCCUCCCCCAUCCCUAAUAGCAAUGCAGUGCCUAAGCAACCAGCCAGUGACAAUGACCAAACUAUUGUGCGAGAAGAAGCAAUUGACGUGAUAAUGAAUAAUUUAAACUCAGUCCUGGAUAAUAUUUCUGAAAACAGUGAACUCCAAGAAAAAGUGCCUGAAAUACGUAGACGAAUCAGUAUGAUUGAGAAACUUUGGAAAGAUGGGAAGUUCUCCAACUCAAUUAAGCAGAAAAUUCUAAAACUAUCCGAAGCUAUCAAAUCAGGGGAUGGCGAGAGUGCCGAUCACAUUCAAAUUGGCCUGAUGAUCGACCAUGCAGCUCUUUGCAGCUCUUGGAUGACGGGACUCAGGCAUCUCAUUCAUGCAUUGAGAGCAAGUUGAUAGCAGCUCGGCUACAACCUGAACAUAAACAUUAUUAAUGCGAUACACCCUUUCCAAUAAGUAUAAGAAUUGCUUACCGUACCGAUUUUAUCUUAUCUAGUCCUAGAUAUUUUUUCUAUUAGCUUUCAAUAAAACUAUGUAUUCGUUAUUGAAUUUUAAUAUUGGAAAUAUUAUUUUCUCUAAUCAAUUCCGUCUCCUAUGGGUUAUAUUGUGAUAGAUCUACAAGAAGAGUGGUCUAGUGCAAAAUGUGUAAUUUUUUUCAAUCAGAUAUAGGUUGUGAUAAAUUGUCAACUUAUUGAUGGUUUGUAGAAUUGCUCCAUAAAGAAAUUAUCAUAUUUUAUUUUUCAAUCAAAUAUAGGUUGUGAUAUAUUGCCAAUUUAUUGAUGGUUUGUAGAAUUGCUCCAUAAAGAAAUAAAAUAUAAUUUCAUAUACUA